GUUUGUACCACUUGGGAGCGGCGUUCCAUUGCAAUCUCUGUGUUGCGGGUUGUCUCUGUUGUUCCAGUUACGGUAGUUAGUCUACUAGCGUCAAGACAAGAGACCACCAGUGCGAGUGCUCUAUUAUUGGAGCCUGCCUUGGACCAGGAAAUAGAAGAAAGCGCUAGCUAUCACAAGUUUCUGUCUCGAUCGAGGAGGCCGAAUUCGUUAGUCUAUUCAUUCUACAAAAGAAAAGAGUGGAGGGGAAAAGUUCAGUCUAGCUAGUUGACGAUGCCGUCUUACUUUGACAAUCUGCGAGACGAAGAGUACCAUCCCAGCGGCAGUCGUAGUAGAAGUCGCAGUCGCAAUACAUGCAAUGAUGGCAGUGAUCAAGAGUACUUGGACGAAUCGUACGAUCGGUUCAGUGAUGAACCGGACUCUCGUGACUCUGGCAGAAGAGGCCCUCAGGCGCCAUACACGUCUUCUUCUAAUAGUCGAGAGUACGGAACUACUACGACUGCUGCGAAAAAGAAGAAGAAGAAGAAGAAGAAACCCAGUCAAACGUCUUCGUCGGAUGAACAUGAUUACACAAGUUCCACGACGAGUGCCAUGAGUUACAGUCGAUCGUCUUCCAGCAAUCCAAACAACAAUAACGGUGGGAAUGACAUUUACGCGGCAUACACCAAGAAUAAAGAGAAGAAGAAUGAUCUGUUCGAAGCGUAUCGAAAGCUAUCAGUCAUCCACACUGGGAAUCCAAACUCCAACGGGCGAGCCAGCACCACGAUCACCAGGAGUACUACUACUGGCAGUGGAAACCAAACCACCAUCACUAGCAAUCACGAUGAAGAAGAACAUGCCAGUGCCAGUACUCAAUUGAGUACAGAAGAAGAGGAACAUUCACAACUACAACACUCCACAGAACCACUCCACAAAGGACCUACCAACAUG